CCGUUCGCGGGGUGGAAGUUCUGAGGGGGUUGUAGCGCAACAUCCUCGUCAAGCCUUCGGAUUUGUUGGGCUACGCUUCGUUGACCGCACAUCCCGUCGUGUUUCUGCUCGCCGACCUUCGCCUCCUUCCCUUCGCUCGUCCUUCCUCUCCAUCUACUUCCCCCACCUUUCCACCUAUAUCACCUUACCCUCUCUCAUCGAACACUCCUUCUCCUGUACACGACCGGACUCAGUGCUUCAUGUACUAUAUAGAUAUGCUUCAUCUGGACUUUCAUCUAGGACAUCUUUCUCUGUAUUUUCACUACCUACCUACCCUGGCUGUCGUGACGUGCGUGCAUCCUUCCCGCCUGCCCACCUUCCUCCCACCCUCUGCUCCUCCCAUUGCAUCUCAAAUUCUCGUCAACUUUUCCACCCAAACGAACCUUGCACCCCUUCAUGCACCGCACGCCUUUCGUCACGCAUCUCACACCUUCCGCCCUGCACCCACACCCACACCCGCGGACCUCUCGCAUCACGCCCCUUCGUGUAUAUCAUUGUCUCCACUCCACGUCGCCUUCGUGUACGACUAGUAUUUGCUGUUUCUUGCUAUUAUUCUCGUGUUCGCUUCGUAUCUCUUGCUAUGCUAUUCGGCGUUUUUUAAUGCACGUCUGGUGUGAAGGCCUU